AUAUAUGUAUGUUUAUAGUGUUAGUAAUCUACCAUUAUUUUGUUUUAUUUUCUUCCUAAUUUUAAGACAGACAAUCAUUAGACAGAGCCUCACAACCAACCAUUACCAGCUUUCUUUCACAGCCAUAUAUUAAUUAUUAAGCUAAUCACAGCUUACCAUUAUUAUUACGUUACUAACAAUAAUUAUUUAUGGUUUAAUAUCCUCUUUGGGUUGGCAGGCAAAUCAAAAGAGAGAUUUUAGUUAUAAUUAGGUAAGGCAGAGAGAGAGAAAGAAAGGAAAGAAAGAAAGAGCAGAGCGAGAAACAGAGUGGUGUGUGUAUGAUUAGGUUUUUGCAAGGGAAGAAGAAGAAGAUGGGAGGCUGCUUUUCGGACUUGGAAGGAGGCAAGGAAGGGAUUGGAGGAGCGCAGGCGAUGCCCACGGAUUUCAACGCCCCUAACAAUAGUGCCGGUGCUGGUCCCAAUGACGCUGUCGAUUUGUUCUACAGGUCUCGCUCUCAACUUCCGCUCUUCACUCAACUCGAGUUAUCUCUGGUGGGGUCUAAUUUACGUGAUCGUGACAUCACUUCUAAGAGUGAUCCAAUGGCUGUUGUGUCUCUAAAAAAAAGUGAUGGUAGACUUGAGGAGUUAGGGCGUACAGAAGUGAUACUGAAUACUUUAAAUCCUACAUGGAUAAGCAAAAUUACAGUUACAUACCAAUUCGAGAUAGUGCAACCAUUAAUAUUUCAUCUGUAUGAUGUUGAUACACAAUAUCACCAUAUACCUGUAAAGAUGUUGAAUUUGAAGGAUCAAGAUUUUCUUGGAGAAUCCAGUUGUGUUCUUUCAGAGAUUGUGACUAAACAAAGCCGGAGUUUAACCUUAAAUCUCCAUAAUAAAUAUGGGCCUGGUGGUUCAAGAAACUUGGGAACACUCACUGUCCUUGCAGAAGAAACAAUUUCUUCAAGGAGUGUUGUUGAUGUUGCAUUUCGUUGUACCAACUUGGACAACAAAGAUCUAUUUUCUAAAAGUGAUCCUUUCUUAAGAAUUUCCAGAAUUCUUGAGAGUGGAGACUCCGUUCCAAUUUGCAAGACAGAAGUAAUUGACAAUAACUUAAACCCCAUUUGGAAACCAUUAUCCUUGAGUAUGCAACAGUUUGGAAGCAAGGAUAACCCAUUGAUUAUUGAGUGUUUUGAUUUCAAUAGCAAUGGGAAUCAUGUACUUAUUGGUAAACUCCAAAAGUCACUGGUGCAACUAGAAAAACUUUACCAAGAAAGAACUGGUGUAAACUUUGUCUUGCCAUCAUCUAACAGUGGUCAUGAAAAGGUACUGAAGGGUCAGCUGUUUGUGGACCGAUUUUAUGAGAAGGAACAAUUCAGCUUUCUUGAUUACAUUUCUAGUGGAUUUGAGCUCAACUUUAUGGUUGCUGUUGAUUUUACAGCUUCAAAUAGAAAUCCUCGACAACCUGAUUCUUUGCACUACAUUGAUCCUACUGGCCGGUUAAAUUCUUACCAGCGAGCAAUAAUAGAGGUUGGAGAAGUUAUUCAGUUUUAUGAUUCUGAUAAGCGCUUUCCUGCUUGGGGCUUUGGAGGGAGGAAACCAGAUGGUACUGUAUCUCACUGUUUUAACUUGAGCGGAAAUGAAACUGAGUUUGAGGUUGGAGGAAUUGAAGGCAUCAUGACUGCCUAUGCCAGUGCUUUGCGCAACGUUUCUCUUUCAGGACCCACUUUGUUUGGCCAAGUUGUAGACAGGGCCGCGCAAAUUGCUGGCCAGUCUCUCUCAUACCAUGAAAACAAGUACUACAUUUUGCUCAUUAUAACGGAUGGAGUCCUUUCAGACCUUCAAGAAACAAAAAAUGCAUUGGUGAAGGCAUCGGAUCUUCCUCUUUCGGUUCUUAUAGUUGGAGUUGGAGAUGCUGAUUUUUCACAAAUGGAGAUUCUUGACGCUGAUAAUGGAAAUCGGUUGGAGAGUAGCACUGGUCGUAUGGCUACACGAGACAUUGUACAGUUUGUUCCCAUGCGAGAAGUUCAAAGAGGAGAAGUUUCUGUCGUUCAAGCUCUUUUGGAAGAGCUGCCUGGGCAAUUUUUGAGUUAUGUUCGUAGUAGAGAUAUCAAGCCUUGCAACUUACAUGGAGCCCACACAUCUCUCUCUAACUCAUAACUAGUUCUUUUCACCGAUUUCCAACUGUACAUAUAUAUAUAUAUGUAUAUAUAUCAUGUAUGUAAUUACUUAUAAUGAUUAGAGAAAUUUGAGAAUAUAUGCUUUUAAAAAGAGAAAUGUGAGAAACUAUGCUUCAUGUGGCAUUUUAAUUCUAAAAAAGUACCCCAUACUGUAACGCCCUGGUUAGCCAAAACCGUCACAUUGUGUACUUUAAAUAGUGCUUAACUCGCUAAACGAGUCAUUAUGCCAUAAACGUGCAUCUAAGUGUUAUUAAUAGGUCAGGGUGAAAAUCUCAAGCAAAAUGAAUAAAUAUAUUUGAUUUAAAA